AUUUCACCGAUGCAACCUGCGCGCACCGCAAACGAUCCACACUUCCGAGCAACGCUAACGCUAAACGCUGAACAAAUCAAAUAAAACCAACGACGCGACUCCCGAGAAAGUGCAUUCGAUCGUAAAGCCUGGUAGUGCACGCGAGAGAGUACGAGAGCAAUUGCAAUUCAACACUUCGAGCGAUUAACUACCGAACAUCGAUCGAUUGCAAUCGAUCGGAACCAUAAUACAGUAUUGUGUGUGUGUUCGCGCGGUGGGGAUCUGGUUGCAGCCGUCAACAAGUUCAAAAGUUUAUCUCCGAAGGCAGCGUACGGAGUGCAGCAACAGUGCGAAUUGCCCAGCGAUCGGCAGUACUAUCGGACGGCUGUACACAGCGAUUCUGGCGGCAGAAUGUGCAAAUCGGUUCUGGCGUUCUCCGAUGACAACUUUGCACGCAGUGACUAAGAAGCUGGCGGUGCGGGAACCUCCCUGAGUGCGAGUUUGAGUGAUUGUUUUUAAGCGUUAUUGUAUCAAUUAGUACCAGUGAAGCGGGUCCAGCGACCUUAGAACUUUAGGGGAACUUUCCCCACCCGAAUCGUUGGUUGAUUUUGAAUGUAGAAGAUCAAAGUAGCCGGGGCCAACGUAAGCGGUCAGGUCCUCUGGUCAGCCUGGCCAGCAACAGCGUUUCCCGUAACAUCUGACGUAAGGUCUCCACUCCAGUUCCAGGAAUCGCCAGUCAACAGCACUACCAUCAUGUACACCUCAGCCCGAACCGGCGCGGUGUGCAGCUCAAAGCGCCUGCGGAGUCCAAUCUUCAGAAGCAACAGCCAAACUUCCGAGUACGAUGUGGAAGCGGCGGCAGGCGAGCGAACUCCACUGCUGUUCACGGCAAAGAUCUCCGGCGUAGAGUCCGUCGACGAGCAUCGCCACCGACAGCUGCCUUCGGCCCACGCAACCGCCCUGUUUGGGAUUUUGGCGUUGACUCUGUUCCUGCUCGUUGGAAUCAUCAUCGCCGUGUACUUGCUGCUUCUGCAAGUUCCCCGCCCCUGGCCGGUCUCCCAUCCGUUCUACCUGGUCGAGCGGCAAAUGUGGUGGCCCUACUCCGAGCCACUGCAGGCGUCUCCGCUGAACAAGUCUUCCGUGCUGAACGUAAUUCUGCUGCACACCCGCAGUGAACCCUGCCGGGAUCAGUCCAGCUGCACCCAGUUCGUGAAGCAGGUGCAGAACGACACCUGGACGCGCACCGGAGCGCACAUUCCGUACAACUUCCUGAUCGGUGGCGACGGCAAAACGUACGAGGGUCGCGGCUGGAAGGCACAACACGGCUUCCCGGACCUUCCCGGCCGGAACGACACGAUCGUGGUGGGAAUCAUCGGAACGUACAGCGACCGGCAUCCGGAUGCGGUGAUGUACGCUGAGGUGAAGGCACUGCUUACGGAGUCAAUCCGGCGGUUCUACCUCUUGCCCGGCUACAAGCUGUAUGGAGUGGUGAACGGGUCGCAGCCGGAGAACGACGGCAAGGCACUGUACGCGGAGUUGCAACACUUGAAGCACUGGCGGGGACUGAUCAACGUGUAGUGAAAUUUUGUAGUUUGAAUUUUUAGAGCAAAUUUUUAACGAAUAUUUUAGAAAAAUGAAAUAAACUGUGAUUGGAGUUUUGAAAUUU